AUGAACGAAAGCUUUAUUUCUAGGGAUAUACUAUUUCUCGAGUAGAAUAGAAUCUAGUCGGAAAUGAGUAAAUAUGUUGAAUGGAUUCAUCAAAUUAAUGGUUAUUACAAGUAACCAAAUUAUAAUUAGAGAAUCCAUAAAAAAGAAUAUCAAAAAAGCUUAAUAUUAUUACCUAAUUUCUAGGUGUUAAGCAAGAAAUUUGAAGAUCAUACAAAGCAAAUAGAAGACAAAGUAAUUAAGGAAUGGAUGGAAAAAUUAGAAUUCGAAGAAAAAUUUAAUCCUUCUAAUACAGUAUCGAUGGAUUAUAUUAUGAAAUUUUUGAAGAAUAUGGUUUCUGAUUUCAACAAUAUGAUAUUACAUCAAUAAAUGCCUGAUGAUAACCAAAAAGAAAAUAAACCUAAAUUGAGUUAAUUCGAAAAAGAUUUUAUGAUGAAAUAAAUUGAUGAUAACAAGAUUAAUAUAAUUUUAUUUACGACAUUGAUUUAGCAAAUAAGCAAAGUUUUGGAUUAUGAAUAAAUAGUUUCAGAAAAGAAUAAAGAGUUUAUUAAAAACCUUCUUGAAAAAUACUUAUAGAUAAUCUAAAUCAGUAGCGAGGAAAUAGUUUUUAAAAGUGAAAAGUUAAUGUCAGAAGAAUAGCAUUAAGUCCUAAAUAAAAAUAUCAAAAAUUCUUUACUGCAUAGAUUGCUUGAGAUAGAACAAAAAUUCAUCAACUUGGAUAGCAAAAACUACAUGGGAAAUGCUUCUAUGAUAGAAUAUGAUACAAAAAUUAAUUAAAUUGAAUACACAUAAUCAAUAAAUUAUAAAGAUGAUGGCAUAAAAUCUUCUUCGAACACAAUGUAUACAGGACAUAGCAUAAAUGCUUUUACCUAAAACAAAAGAGAACACAAUAUUGAUAUUUCAAUUAGUAGCCAUAAAGAAAUAGAGUACUUGGAUUUUUUGAUGAAAGACUCAAGAGUGGAAGAAAAUAGUUAAAAAGAAAUUGAAAAAAAAUUCAAACACUUAAUGGAAAGACUGAGUAAAUUAGGUGAUUUAAUAAAAUUAGCUUAAACUGAAAAGAUUCAUGAAAUGAUUGAAAUGAUCAAUGAGUUUAAAACUGUUUUAUUCUUACAUAAUUUACUGAUAAAAAACAGGAUAGAGAAUUUCCUUAAAGCAGAAGAAAAUAUGAACCUUUAUGAAAAAAAGGAACUUAAGAAAAAGAUAGAGCAAUACAGAACAAUUAUUCAAAAAUCCUUUUAAUAUUUAGAUGAAAAAAAGAAAAUUUCUUUAAAAGAAGAGAAACCAACAUUUAAAAGGUAUAUGGGAGAUCAAGGAAUGAUAACUCAUAAGCAUUUAAUCCUCAACAAAGACAAUCUUGUGCCAAUAUUUAAACACUUAGAUCCAUCUAGAUUUCAUGAAGAUCAUUUAGUGAAAAAGUUUGAUAUAAAACAUAGAUAAGAAGAACAAAUGCAAAAACACAUCUAAAGAAUAUAAAAAACAAAUCAAUCUUUCUCUAUUUGCUCUUAACCUACAUCCACAGUAAGGAGAAAUGAUACAGUUAGAAGCAAUGAUUUAAGCAUUUUAUCAAAAAUAUAGAGUAGAUAGAAUAGUCUUUGGAGUAAAUAUGACGAUACAUCAAAUAGCAAUCCAACUAACUUAUAAAAAUCGAUGCACUCAAGUAAAUUAAUUGAAGAUCCUCAAAAACUUAUUUAAGAGAAAUAAAGAAAAAUUCUCUCUAAAUUUAAUAGCAACUACGGGAAUAAAUAAUUUACAAAGGAUAAAGAUAAAACAAAAGAAUUUACUUAAAUAUUAAAAUAAAAUUGCUAAAAAAGAAAAGGACUGCAAGAAUAUGAAUAAUAAAAAAAUUCAAAGUAAGUGCAACAGCAUAUAAAUUAAUUGAUAAACAACAGCUUUGACGAAGAUAAAGUCAACGAGUAAAUUUUAAACAGAGAUUUAGAAUCUUAGAAAAUUAUAAAAUAGUAGAACAAAUUUCCUUAAAUACUACUCAAUAUGAGGAAUACAUUUAAUUCAAAUCAAUUUAACAUUUCAAAAUCAGAUGACAAUUCUAUGGCAGAAUUAAGCUAAGAAAAUCUUCCUACAAGUAUGAAUGACCUUUCUGUUGGGGAAUUAAGCCCAAAUUCUAAUUUUUGUAAAUAAAACGAAGAAAUUCUUAUUCGUGUAGGUGAUAAAUAAAUAAGCCCAAUAAAACCUAAUUAGAGAAUUAGAGGAGUAAACAGGAAUAAAAUCUAAAACUAUAACCAAAUAAAUAACACUUUUCAUUUUUAGAGUGUUAAUUCCAGAUGUUCUUCCUCAGAAUUAGGAGGAAAUUCUGUGGAUUAUUAUUAAGUUGUUUAAAAAAAUCCCAGAAGUAAGAAAAAAUAUUAAAAUUUAAGUAAAAACGAGUCUUAUGAAGAACACUAGGAUGGAAGUACGCUGUUUACCAGUCAGCAGUCUCCUUUCAAAAGUUAAGAAUAAAGUUUUGAUUACAGCAUCAGAAAUGAAAAAUCAAUUAGUAAUAAAAAACAAAUUCAGAAUAAUAGCAUGGAUGAUAUUUAAGACAUGGUUUCUAAAAGGUAAAGAUAAAGAUUACUUAUAAAUAGAAUGCAACUUCCAAAUACUCUACCUAUUAUGAAUUCUUUGAAUUCCUAAAGUGAAUAUUAAUAGCAAUAAUAAUAAUAAUAAUUGUUGCAGAAAGAGCAAGCUUGCACAAUGAGUGUAUAAAAGUAGGUUUCUAAACAAAGUUAAAAUAUAAAGAUACAUGUUAAGGAGUUUUAGUUUGGAGAAAAGACAUUAAACGAUACAUAGUAAACUAUUAAAAAAUAAUAAACAUAGGAGUCGAUGAAGUAAUCUAUAAAUUUCUAUGACACUAUGUACCAGUAUAAAUUAAAGGUGGAAAGAUAAGAAAUAGAGAAUUAAGAAAGACUUAACAAAAGAUAGAAAGUUAUCGAUAACAUAAAUUCUCACUUUAUGCCGAAAUACAUUCAUAUAAAUGGUGGGAAAUUGGCUUAAAAAGCAAAUCCACAUCUGAUUCGAAACCUUGUAAACAAUUUUAGAAAAGAAGAACUAGAAAAGAAUUAGUAUGUGCUCUAAAAUUAUUAAAAACUAAAAAAGAAAGAAGAAACAGACUAUUAUGGAAUUGAAGAACUGACUUGCCCACCAAAAGAACAUAAAUUCAUUACCUCCACCAUCCAAAACACUUAUGAAGACAUAAAGACUGACAAUAUAUUAUUUUAAAAUAAAUAAGAAUGA